AUACUAUUCUUACUAUUUGACUAUUUGGUGGCUUUGAUAUUAAAUCGUGAUAUAGUACGGAGUAUGGUUAUUCCUGAGCUAGGUGGUUGACGUUUUCUUUUGCCAUUUUUUUUACUCAGUCAGGGUUCGUUAAAUAACUCAAACUCAAAAAUAUGUAGAACGACUACAGAUCAGGCCGGAUAAUGCCAAUAACCGAUAUUAUACCUAGACGUGAUAAUCGCUAGAUUUUCCACCGAUACUGAACUUUGAUUCGAAAUGUAGCCUACGUAUCAUUAUCUUGGCUUACCCUGCGGACUUUUAACCAGCAAACUCCGUCUGCCUGCUUUUAAAGUCGAUUGUGUCAUGAUCCUUCUGAUCCAUAUCUUUUUUUAUUGGACACAAAAUUGAUAUUACCUAUUAUUCAAGUGAUGGGGGAAUUAAAAAGUUAUAGAAAAAUGCAGCGAAUCGCCAGUUGCCUAACAAUUAUUGUUGUGUUGGGUGUAAUUGAAAUUGUUUCAUCCUAUAAAUUGUGCGACGACUUGACAUCAUGUAGCGAAUGUAUCAAUGAAAAAUCGUGGUGGCUCGGUCAGAGCUGCAGGUGGUGUCGCAAGAACAACCAGUGUCACGCUUACAUGUCAAUGCGGAAUCCUUGUUUCGAAUCCGAAAUUCUGCACGAUAGAGUGAAAGACUGGCAGAAAUUGUGCAGUUUCCCGUUAUUCUCAAAUUAUCGAUACGAUCCUGAAUUAAGUUACAAAGCUCUGGCCGCCUCCACUGCAACUUAUUUUUUGCCUUCGCUGUGCCUCACCUUCUUGAUACCACAGUCACAAUUUGAAGUCAUUAGCGAAUAUUCAGUGAAAUGCCAUUGGUUGGAUACGAACCUCUGCGAAGCGUACAUUGCCAUUUCCCAUUCUGAACAAACCCUUGUUGUAGCUUUUAGAGGAUCGGUUACCUGGUCACAGGUCUUUGCUCAACUGACAGGGACUUUCAAUAUUAUCAAAACGAAAUUUAUCGAAGAGGGACGAGUGCAAGAUUAUUAUUACAAAGCGUUCAUGAGAUUGUGGAAUUUUGGAUUGGAACGAGAUAUUGUGCAAAUGUAUGAAAAAUAUCCCGGCUACAAGGUUCUUGUUACUGGGCAUUCUCUCGGUGGGGCACUGGCAUCGCUUGCAAGUCUAUGGAUGACAUACUACGAUCACAUUCCCACUAAUCAGUUGUUCUUGUAUACCUUUGGAGCGCCCAGAGCUGGUGAUGUGGAAUACGCGACUAUACACGGUCGCUAUGUCACUAAUAACAUCAGAGUAGUUAACGGAUACGAUGCAAUUCCUCACUAUCCCUCACGAACCGUUUCCUUUUUCAGACUAGCUCCGUAUCACCAUGGCACUGAAGUUUUUUAUAUCGAUGCUUCCGACUACAACAGCUCAUACAAAGAGUGUCGUGGAAGAUUCAUGUAUAACGAACAAUACGAAUGUGGGUGGAGUCAUUUUUCACUUCGCUCGUUCGACAUGAAUUAUCACACGUCAUACUUUAAUCUUCAAGUUGGGCAGUUUUGUAAGGACAACGAAGAACAGCUCAUAGCUGGCGAUGCAUUGGCCAAGCAACGACAAGUUCAAGAAUUACAAAACACAAAACCAGAAAAAGCCAAAAAGAAGCAUCGACGGAAGAAAGAGAAAGGACCCAAAUGGUACUAACAGUUUACAG